UACACCCCCAGUAGUCCCCACACACCUUUCACCACACACUCCUCAACCACACUUUCUGUCUCAGCCAUGACUCACACCACAGGUUCCCACACAGGGACACCCUUCAAGACCACCACCAUCCUUCCAUCUCCAUCUGGCCCUCAUACCACACUUUCUACUCUUGUUCCUACAUUUUCUACCUCCUCAGUCACUCCAUCCACUCACCGAGUCAUCACACCUACCUACCAGCAGACUUUCUCUUCCUCCAAACCUACAAGCAUCAUUCUCCCAACCACCUCAGUCCAAGGGACAGGUCCCACACACUCAGUCCCACCUCUGACAAGCACCACAGGUGGGACCAGCCAUGCCCACAGCCCAUUCAGCACAGCCAAAACCUCCACAUCUUUGGUGUCACAAACAACACACCAUGUAUCCACAACUGUGUCCGCCACCAGUGGCACUCCCAAGUCCACUAGUAGGGGUACUGGUACCCCAGUGGCACAUACCAGUUCCUCCACCCCUGGUAGUUCCCACACCUAUUUCACCACACACUUGCCAUCCACACUUUCUAUCUCUUCCAUGUCAGAAACCACUGGAACCACCUCAGGGACAUCUUUUAGGACUACCACCAUCCUUCCAUCUCCAUCUGGUCCUCUAACCACACUUACUACUCUCAUUCCCACAUUUUCUACUUCCUCGGUCACUCCGUCCACUCACCAAGUCAUCACACCUACCCACCAACAGACCUCUUCUGCCUCAACACCCAAGCCAACAAGCACCAUUCUCCCAACCACCUCACUCCAAGGCACAGGUUCGAUACACUCAGUCCCACCACAAACAGGCAUCACAACAGCGACCAGCCAGACUCACAACUCAUUCAGCACAGCCAUAAUCUCUACUUCCAUGGUGUCCCACACAUCCCACCAAAAAUCCACAUCAACAUCUGUUUCCACCAUCACUCCCAAGACAAGUGGAGGAACUGGGACCCCAGGUGCACACAGCUCCUCUACUACCCCUAGCAGUCCACACACCCGUUUCACCACAGUCUCCUUGCCUACGCUUUCUAUAGCAACCACACCACACACCACCAGUCCCCCAUCUGGGACAUCUUCCCUGACCACCAGCAUUUCUCCAUCUCCUUCAGACCUGCAAACCUCAUUUCCCACUCUUGUCCCCACAAUGUCUACUUCUUCGGUCACUCCAUCCACUCACCAAGUCGUCACAUCUACCCACCAACAGACCUUUUCUGCCUCAACACCCAAGUCACCAGGUACCAUUCUCCCAACCUCCUCAGUCCAAAGCACAGGUCCCACAUUUUCAGUCCCACCACACACAGGUACCACAAAAGGUACCAGCCAUACUCACAGUCCAUUCAGCACAGUCAAAACCUCUACUUUCACGGUGUCACACACCCCCCACCACAAAUCCACAUCCGCAUCUGCUUCUACCAUCAUUCCCAAGACCACAAGUGGUGGAACUGGGACUCCAGGUGUACACACCAUCUAUACUACCCCUAGCAGUCCACACACCUCCUUCACCACACUCUCUUCACCCACUUUUUCUGUAUCAACCAGUCCCCUGUCAGGGACAUCCUUCAAGACCACCACAUUUCCAUCUCCAUCUGGCCCACACACCACACUUCCCACUCUUGUUCCCACAUUAUCUACCUCCUCAGUCACUCUGUCUACUCAUCGAGUCAUCACGCCUACACAGCAACAAACCUUCUCUGCAUCCACCCCCAAGCCUACAGGCACCUUAAUUCCAACAACCUCUGACCAAGGCACAGGUCCCACACACUUGUCUCCACCACACACACAAACCACAAAGGGGACUAGCUUUACCAACAGCCCAUUCAGCACAGCCAAAACCUCUAUUUCCCCAGUGUCACACACACCCUACCACAAAUCCACAUCAGCAUCUGCUUCUACUAUCACUCCCAAGACCGCAAGUGGAGGAACUGGGACUCCAGGUGCACACACCUCCUCUACCACCCCUAGCAGUCCACACACCCCUUUCACCACACCCUCCUCACCUACACUUACUGUAUCAGCCACACCAUACACCACCAGUCCCCCAUCCGGGACAUCCUUCCUGACCAGCACCAUUCUUCCAUCUCCUUCUGGCCCACAAACCUCACUUCCUACUCUUGUUCCCACAUUUUCUACCUCCUCAGUCACUCCAUCCACUCACCGAGUCAUCACACCUACCUACCAACAGAACUUAUCUGCCUCCACGCCCAAGCCAACAGGCACCAAUAUCCCAACCACCUCAGUCCUAGGCACAGGUCCUACACACUCAGUUCCACCACUGACGAGCACCACCAGUGGGACCAGCCAUGCCCCUAGCCCAUUCAGCACAGGAAAAACCUCUACUUCUCCAGGGCCUGAAACACCCCACAGCAAAACCACAGCAGCCUCUCUCACCACGAUUACUUCCAUGCCCACUAGUACAGAAACUGGAACCCCAGUGGUGCACACAAGCUCCACCACCCCCCAUAACCCCCACACCCCUUUCACCACACACUUAUCCACACUUUCUGUCUCAGCCAUGCCACACACCACUGGAACCUCCUCAGGAACAUCCUUCAAGACCACUACCAUCCUUCUAUCUCCAUCUGGCCCUCUAACCACACUUCCUAUUCUUGUUCCCACAUUUUCUACCUCCUCGGUCACUCCCACCAGUGAAAGAGUCAUCACAUCUACCCACCAACAGACAUUUUCCAGCCCCACUCUGAAACCAACAGGCACCUUUAUUCCAACUACUUCAGUCCAAGGUACAAGUCCCAUACGCUCAUCUCCACAACCCACAGGCACCACAAAGGGGACCAGCCAGACCCACAGCCUAUUUAGCACAGCCAAAACCUCUACUUCCACAGUGUCAUUAACGUCUCAAGAAACAUUCACAUCCGCAUCUGCUACCACCAAAACUCCCAAUCCCACAAGUAGAGGAACUGGGACCCCAGUGGCCCACACCAGCUCCGCCACCCCCAGCAGUCUCCACACCCCUUUCACCACAUAUUCUCCAUCCACACUUUCUGUCUCUUCCACACCACACACCACUGGUCCUCCCUCAGGGACAUCCCUCAAGACCACCUCCAUCUUUCCAUCUCCAUCUGGCCUUUACACUACACUUUCUACUCUCGUUCCCACAUUUUCUGCAUCCUCUGUCACUCCCACUUCUCACCGAGUCCUCACAACUACCCACCAACAGAUCUUUUCCACCUCCACCCCUAAGCCAACAGGCACCAUUCUGCCAACUACAUCAAUCCAAGGCACAGGUCUCACAGACUCAUCCCCACCACACAUGGGCACUACCAAAGAGACCACCCAAAUUCACAGCUCAUUCAGCACAGCUAAAACCUCUACUUCCUCAGUAUCGCAAACCACCCUCCAUAAAACCACAUCAGCAUCUGCCACCACCAUCACUCCCAAGUCCACAAGUAGAGAAACUGGGACGCCAGAGUUACACACUAGUUCUGCCACCUCCAGCAGUCCCUACACUCCUUUUACCACACACUCCUCAUCCACGCUUUCUAUCUCAGUCACACCUCAUACCACUGGUCCUAUCUCGGGGACUUCCUUCCAGACCACCACCAUCUUUCCAUCUCCAUCUGGCCCUCACACGACAGUUCCUACUCUCAUUCCCACAUUUUCUACCUCCUCAGUCACUCCAUCCACUCACCGAGUCAUCACACCAACUAACCAACAGACCUUAUCCACCUCCACCUCCAAGCCAACGGGAACUAUUCUCCCAACUACAUCAGUCCAAGGCACAGGUCCCACACACUCAGUCCUACCACUGACAGUAUCCACUCAUGGGACCAGCCAAGCCCCAAGCCCAUUCAGCACAGAGAAAACCUCUGCUUCCACAAGGCCUGAAACACCCCACCACAAAAUUACAUCAGCAUCUGCCACCACCAUCACUCCCAGGUCCACGAGUAGAGAAACUGGGACCCCAGAGAUGCACACUAGUUACACCACUCCCAAUAGUCCCCACACUUCUUUUACCACACACUCCUCACCCACAUUUUCUGUCUCAGCUACACCUCACACAACUGGUCCUAUCUCGGGGACUUCCUUCCAGACCACCACCAUCCUUCCAUCUCCAUCUGGCCCUCACACCACACUUCCCACUCUCAUUCCCACAUAUUCUACCUCCUCAGUCACUCCACUGACUCACAGUGUCAUCACACCUACCCACCAAGAGACGUUUUCCACCUCCACCCCUACACCAACAGGCAUCAUUCUCCCAACCACCUCAGUCCAAGACACAGGUCCCACAUACUCAGUUUCACCACCAACAGGCACCACAAUGGGGAUCACUCAUACCCACAGCCCAUUCAGCACAACCAAAGCCUCUACUUCCCCAGUGUCACACACACCCUACCACAAAUCCACAUCAACAUCUGCUUCCACCACCAUUCCCAAGACCACAAGUGGAGGAACUGGGAUCCCAGGUGCACACACCUCCUCUACCACCCCUAGCAGUCCACACACUCCUUUCACCACACUCUCUUCACCUACACUUACUGUAUCAACUACACCACACACCACUGGUCCCCCAUCCAUGACAUCCUUCCCGACCAGCACCAUUCUUCCACCUCCAUCUGGCCCGCACACCACUCUUGUUCCCACAUUUUCUGUCUCCUCAGUCACUCCAUCCACUCACCGAGUCAUCACUCCUACCCAUCAACAGACCUUUCCCUCGUCCACUCCCAAGCCAACUAGCACCAUCCUCCCAACUACCUCAGUCUCAGACACAGGUACCACACACUCAGUCCCACCGCUGACAAGCACCACCAGUGGGACCAGCCAUGCCCACAGCCCAUUCAGCACAACCAGAACCUCUACGUCCCUGGUGUCAUCACAUACACCCAAUGACAGAUCCACAUCAGCAUCUGCCACCACCAUCACUGCCAAUCCUUCAAGUAGAAGUACUGGGACCCCAGUGGCCCAAACCAGCUCAGUCAUUCCCAGCAGUCCCCACAUCCAUUCCACCACAUACUCUCCAUCCACACUUUCUGUCUUUUCAACUCACACUACAAGAACCCCCUUGGGGACAUCUUUCAAGACCACCACCAUCCUUCCUUCUCCAUCUGGCCAUCACAACACACUUUCCACUCUCGUUCCCACAUUUUCUACUUUCUCGGUCACUCCAUCCACUCACCAAGUCAUCACGCCUACCCACCAUCAGACCUUAUCUGUCUCUACCCCCAAACCAACGGGCACCAUUCUCCCAACCACCUCAGUCCCAGGUACAGGUCCCACACACUCAGUCCCUCCUCUGAGCACCACCACCAGGGGAACCAGCCAUGCCCACAGCUCAUUCAGCACAGCCAGAACCUCUACGUCCUCAAUGCUUCCUUCUUCCACCCCUUUCCAAAGCUCCAGCACCAGUCAGUUUUCCUCUUCUAUUACUUCUCUACACUCACCACAAAGUCCUUUAAGCACUUCUGUUCCUUCAACGAAUAUUCCACAGUCCUCCACACUGUGGCCCUGGACCUCUGCCACUUCUUUCUUGUCCACCUCAGACAGGUCCACCUCCUCUCUUUCUUCUCCAGUGUCCUCCUCUAAAUCUUCUCCCUUUGUGUCAUCUUUUCCUACUUCCUCAUCACCUUCCACCCUCUCUACUCCACAGUCCACCCCAACACUAAGCUCCAUCUCCCACACUCCAUUUUCGACUGAACACUUGACUCUAUCUAAGCCUGUGUCUGUUUCUCCCACAACUCUUUUCCCAGCCUCCUCCACCUCUUCUCAAGCCUCUAUCUCACCUUCCAUCUUCCCCUCUUCUGUGUCCACCUUGACCACGAUGCACCUCUCCACCCCAUCCACUAGCACCCUAGGCCCUCUGUCCACCCACCGGACCACAACCCGUGCUCCCUCCUCUGCCUUCUCAUCUCAGUCCACCACUUCCAGGUUCACUUCUCUCACCACCCAAGCCCACACAACAGGCCUCGUGUCAACCACUCUGGGAGUCACAGUCACUCCCAGUGCUCCUACCACCAACCUCACCACGAGGCAUCCCAGUUCUACAGAACUACCCACCACUGUGUUCUUGACCGUCACUUCUCAUGGAAGCUCCGCUGCUGCGACCCUGGGACCCUAUUCCACAGAGGCCCCCUCAGCCUCCUCCCUCAUUACAUCUCCACUCAGCUCACCUGGUGUGUGCAGCGUGCAGGAGCAGGAGGAGGAGAUCACGUACAGAGGGUGCACUGCAAAUGUGACCAUGACCCGCUGCGAGGGCACCUGCACUUCUGCUGCCAGCUUCAACAUUGACACCCAGCAAGUGGACAACCACUGUGGCUGCUGCCACCCCCUCAUCUCCUACAAGCAGCAGCUGGUGCUGCCCUGUCCGGAUCCCGACGCACCAGGACAGCAGCUCAAGUUCACCCUGCAAGUGUUCCGCAGCUGUGCGUGCCGUCCCUGGAGCUGCAGAGACUGAGGGGUGGGGCCUGCUCUCCUGAGCCUGAUGGGCUGAAGGACAAGCACCACUGCUGACACCUCCUCUGGGCUUCUUGUGCCCAGUGGCCCUUUUCCUGAUCACUAAGCAUGGCCUUGGGAAGGCCCUCGGAUGUGGCCCACCUGAGCACCUGUGAGGACAGGGCCGCUAGGCAGGGCUCUGAGCAAAUCCUCUUGGGCAAACCCUGCCCAAGCACGGUGGGACUCGGGUGGGUAGUAAACAUGCUGACCCUCCCAGGCGCACAGGGCAUGCACUGCUGGCACCUGUCAGUCCACAGACCCUCCCAGCCUUCGAAUGCUGCUGCCAGCCCUGCUGGAGACAAGACCCUGGAGAUGCAGCUGCAGAGGUACACAGGGAAAGGAGGGCAGCUCCCAGCGGGGACCAGUUGAGCAUCGAUACAGAGGGGGGCUCCCAAAGUCAGGGAGGGGAAGGAGCUGGGGUGGGCCCAGGUCAGCACCCGCCCCCUCGGCACACUUGUCCGAGGAGCCCGCUGCCUGCCCAUACAGUUUCCGAAUAAACCAGCUCCUGUCAAGGCACAGGGUGGCCCUGGCGUGCUC